AUGGAACUGGAGAUAACCCGCCUCCAGCCCGUCUGUGAGCCCGUGACUAGUCAUGCGAGGUCGAGACUCGACACGCUCAACAAUCAUGCAAAGUGCUUCAAUGGGAUUAAGCCACCCGUGAUGAUUCAACAUGAUUCCUCGUCGGUUCAAGUCCCUCAAACUGUUUUUGCAAAACCUUCCGAGGUUGUUUGUUGA